AUGACGCAGUAUCCCUUCAGUCUUCGUGACCCCACCCUUUUACAUCAGCAUGCUCUUAUCCAUGGGAAGUGGGUAGAGUCAAAGUCCGGAAAGCGCUUUGAUGUUACAGAUCCCGGUACGGGUCAGCGCUUUGCAUCAUGUGCAGCAACAUCGGCUCUGGACGUGGAAGACUGUGUCCAGUCGUCCCAGAAAGCCUUCAUAGACUAUCGUCACGCGAACCCUAGGCAACGAGCCAAAUGGCUGCUGGCAUGGCACAACCUAAUUAUUGACGCUAAGGAAGACAUCGCCAAAAUCGUUGUUUAUGAAACUGGGAAACCAAUGGCCGAGGCAUUGCUUGAGGUCGACUACGGGCUCAGCUUUGUCUGGUGGUUCAUUGGAGAGACUGAGCGGAUCCGUGGCAGCACGGCGAUUCCUGCCGUCUCGAAUCGUCGAACAUUUGUGAUUAAACAGCCAAUUGGCGUCUGUGUUGCGCUCGUGCCGUGGAACUUUCCAGUUGCGAUGAUACUGAGGAAGGUGACUGCGGCGUUGGCGGCUGGAUGCAGCAUGAUCGUUAAGCCAUCUCCCGAGACGCCGUUCAGUGUCUUGGCCCUCGCCGACCUGGCACUUCGAGCAGGCUUCCCGAGUGGCGUGCUCAACGUACUACCAACGGACUUUGAGCACACGCCUGAGCUCAGUGAGAAACUGUGCAAGCAUUCCCUGGUCCGGAAGGUCACAUUCACCGGUAGCACGGCUAUAGGCCGUCUCAUCUCCCGGCAUUGCAGUGAAGGGUUGAAAAAGCUAACGCUGGAGCUGGGAGGGAACUGCCCGUUUAUUGUGUUUGACGACGCCGACCUCCACGCAGCGCUGGAAGCUUUGAAAAUCCUGAAGUGGAGAACUUGCGGUCAAGCCUGUACCCAUGCAAAUAGAGUUUUUGUUCAAAGGGGGGUCUUCAAAAAGUUCGAAGAAAUGCUUGUUGACGCGACAAGGCAGAUACGGAUUGGCCAUGGCAGCGCAGCUGGAACCACCAUGGGCGCCUUGACGACUCCACGAGCCGUGGAGAAACUCAAGCUCCACGUUGCGGACGCUGAGAAGAAUGGUGGACGUAUCGUUUUGGGUGGGAAGCAGCCCGAGGGUCUGCAAGGCUAUUUCUUCGAGCCAACAAUACUGUCAGACAUGACGCCAAAGAUGCUGUCGUACAGGGAGGAGAUAUUUGGACCCAUUCUGGCAUUGUACGCUUUUGAUACUGAGGAUGAGGCUGUCCGUCUUGCAAAUGACACCAGCAUGGGCCUUGCCUCCUACUUCUUUACCAAGGACGUUGAUCGAACAUGGAGACUGUUAGAGAGUCUCGAGGCGGGGAUGAUCGGGAUGAAUACAGGCAAUAGCUCGUGCGCGGAAUCACCAUUCGGCGGGAUCAAAGAGUCCGGAUAUGGCAAAGAAGCAGGAAAGGAUGUUGCCAUCGAGGAGUACUUGAUUGCCAAAACGGGAACAUUGACUCUAGAUAUGGGUGCGAAAAUAUAG